AUGGAUGACAUCCACGCGCCGACUGUCUCUUCGGGGCCUACGUCAUCAGGCUACUCGAAUGGCAUUGCAAAAGAGCAGCUGACGCUCCAGGAGCUCAUGGCGGAAAAGGAUCGAGUAGAGGCAGAGUUGAAGGCAUUAGGGCAGGUGCUGGAUUCGCAUGGCGUGCGCAUGAGUACCGGCCUGACGACCCUUGACGGCUUCCCUCGCAGUGACAUCGACGUCCCUCAGAUACGAACGACGCGCGCGCGCAUCAUCCGGCUCAAGAAUGACUACAAGGACCUCAUGUCGCGCAUCGAGAAGGGUCUCCACGAGCACCACGCCCGACUACAGGAGCAGGCGAGCGCUCCUGCGACGACCAACGGAGCACAGGCAGAGCUCAGCGCCCCGCCCGCCGCCAUCGAAGCGCCUUUCGCAAAGGUCAACAGCGUCGUGGCAGACAGCCCGGCAGCCACGGCGGGCCUGCAGGUGGGCGACACGAUAACCAAGUUUGGCUGGGUGGACUGGACAAACCACGAGAGGCUGUCGCGCGUGGCAGAGGCAGUGUCGCAGAACGAAGGGGUGCGUCGACAAUACACGGGAUACCUGCAGCAUUGCGUGCACGAGGCUUACAGCAUACAGAUUCCCAUUACCGUCAAGGCGCUGCGACCCAACCCAUCGGGCGGCCCGGCAGAGACAGUCCAGAUGCAACUCACACCACGGAGGAACUGGGGCGGAAGAGGGCUAUUGGGCUGCCAUCUGCUGCCCAUGUAG